AUGGCCUUCACAAACAGCAGCAGUGAUAACAGCAGCACCACCACCAAUAAAAGCAGUAGUGAUAGCAGCAUGGCAACCACCAACAGCAGCAGUGAUAGCAGCAGCCCUACUACCAAUAUUAGCAGCAGCAAUAGCAGCAGCACUAUCACUAAUAGCAGCAGCAGCGAUAGUAGCAGGGCUUUCACCAACAGCAGCAGCGAUCGCAGCAGUGCUACCACCACAGCAGAAGCAGUGCCAUCAGUAAAAGCAGUGACAGCAGCAGCGCCUUCAUCAAUAGUAGCAGCAGCGAUAGUGGCAGGGCCAUCACCAACAGUUGCAGUGGUUAUAGCAGUGCUACCACCAACAUCAGUAGCUGUGCCUUUAGCAGCAGUGGCAGUGAUUGCAGCAGCGCUACUACCAAUAGUAGCAGCAAUAGCAGCAUCACCAUCCGCAAUAGUAGCAGAAGCAGUGCUACCACCAACACUAGCAGCAAACAGCAGCAGCACCACCAGCGACGCCAAAAUCGGUCUAGCCUACCUACUAGAGUGA